AUGCCAAAUAUUCGCUUGGAUCGUCAAAAAGCAGGAAAGAGUAAACAAGAUCAAUUAGAAGUUUUAAUCACUCAUCGAGAGCCUCCAACAACUCAACGAACUGGACUGAAAAAAUUUAUUCCUUCAUUUUUAAUCAGAAAAAGUGAUUCACAAAAACGAAACGAGAAAAUUGAAGAAGCAAGACGUCUUCAAGAACGGGACAAAGAAAAGACUGAAAAAUUGUUAGCCAAGCAAGAACGAAAAGAGAAAAAACGAGCAGAGCUGGCAUUGCUAAGGGAAAGGGCAAAAAUUGAGAGGAGGUUUUAAUUAAAAUUAGAUAAAAAAAUUUUUUUGGAGAGAAAUAUUUUUUAAGCUUAUUUGGGAUAUUU